UUUGGCACAACUAAUUAAGAAUCAUAUAUAUAUAUCACUACUCUCUUUGUUAUAAGAUGGGCCUAAAAGGCAAGGUGCUUGGGCAGAUAGAGAUAAGUUUUCAUGGAGAUGUUUUCCAUGAAAUCUUUAGAGAAAGACCUCAUCAUGUGCCCUCCAUGUGCUCAACUAUUCUCGGAGUUGAAGGCCAAUGGGGAACUGUGGGCUCUGUCAUCAUCUGGAAAAUUAGCCAUGAUGGGAAGACCAAAACCGUGAAGGAUGUUAUUGAGGCCAUAGAUGAUGAGAAGAAAUUAGUGAAAUUCAGAGUGAUCGGAGGUGAUCUCAAGGAAUCCUAUAAGAACUUCAUCAUAACAUGUCAUGUUGAUACCAAUGGUGAUGACAACUUUGUGACUUGGGCUCUCGAGUAUGAGAAGCUGAAAGAAGAGAUUCCUGAGCCACUCACUUAUCUGGAGCUUCUUCUUAAUAUGACCAAGGAUAUGGAUGAUCACCAUGCCAAGCCGAAGCCAUGAA